CCAUAAUUGCAGGUCAAGCUUUCAGAAUGAAGAAGAAGAGUGUUGAAGAGCAAAGGUUAAAGAGUGCUAGAGGACGUGAAAAAAGCUCUGAUGAAAUUUUUGUUUGUGAAAGGGUAUGCACUUCGAAAAGGAUGUUAAAAAAGAAAAGGGAAAUGCGGGACUCAAACUUGUGUCUUGGCCCUAGUUGAGAGAUGCAACUAAAGGUGCAAGUUGCCUUUAAUUAAUGUAUGCAACAUCAAUACUAAGAAGCCUAACAGAUAUCGAGUAUAAGCCAAGGCGGGCACCUGCCACCUAGUCAAAGUUCAUUCUGUCAUCCAGCAUAUCCAAGGUAGGAUUAGUUUAGAUACUUUGUGAACUGUGGACAAGUACAAGUGCUACUUUCAAGUGGUACUGCAAACAUGCUAUCAAGGUCUCUUUUUCUUUUAUUCUUAAUGCUCUAAUCUUCAUUAUACACAAUUGUUGAUCUUACACAGUUAGUUCCCGAGUUGUCAGCUACUGGCAGGCAGUUCAAUAUUUGAGUUUUUGCUGCCUUUCUUGGGCGUCUGACUUCUGCGGUGGGAGUAGAAGUUGCUGGAUGUAAUAACAUGUUUGCAUCUGGAUAUAUAUGAUUUUUCUUGUUUAUACUAUAUGUACUCUUAUCUCUCAGGUUAGCAUUUUUCCGAUUAAGCUACUAGCCCUUUAGGCAUGAGCUUAUGAAAAUGCGCCACUCCCUUAAUCUCAUCUUUUGUUUCCAAUCCAUCUUAUCUUUGAGGCAAGCAAUUUGCUAAUGAACAACAAGCCAAUUAGGCAUGAACUUAUGAUAACACUCCGCCACCUUCAUCUCAUCUUUCUUGUUUCCAAUCCAUUAGUGAAAGUGGCAAUGCAAUUCUCAUUUUGAGGACUCUUCAACAAGUCUUGCACUUGCACUUGUGGACUCUCUUGUUGAAAGUGUCAUCUAAAGUCCAGGCUCAACAAGCGAAGGCAUUGUGGCCGCCUGAAAUGGCCGUUCUUAUAUCAGAUUCAUUUGGAUUUGUCUAUUGUUUCAUUGGGUUGAGAUCUUGGAGCAAAUUUGAAGUUGGAUUAAUUUUAUGAGCAUUGUGUCAAUAUGGGAAAACAAGGGCCUUGUUAUCAUUGUGGCACUAAUAGCACUCCACUAUGGAGAAAUGGGCCACCUGAGAAGCCAGUGUUAUGCAAUGCCUGUGGAUCAAGGUACAGGAUUAGAGGAAGUCUUGCAAACUAUACACCUAAGCAUGCCCAAGGACAACCAACUGCUAAAAGGGUAAGAAUUAAAUCCAAGUCGGCUCCAAAGAAAUGCAAAUUGAUAAGCACUGAAGAAAACUUCUCCAUUGACGUUUGCCAUUCUCCUGCUUCUGAUGAUUUUACAACCAAUAAAUCUAGCUCAGAAUCUGCAACAUCAUGUUCCCAGAGCUGCUACAAUGUAAAAGAAGAAGAGAAUGGAGGUGAAAGUCCAGGUGGAUUAAUCCAGGGAAGCUUGUGGAAGUCUGGUAUACCUUCAAGAAAGAGGUCUGUAAAUGUUCAACGCUGUCUUACACCCAUUGAAAGACUUCAAAGGGAGCUUUGCAAUAUUUUGAAGAAUGAUCCUUCCAUCUUGUCUGAAAAUGAAGAGGAUGAUCUUCUCAUUUAUAAUGCAAACAAACUGCAAGUAUCCUGCAAUGAAAUUGGCCUUGGAGGCUUUCUUCUCAAACCCAAUACCACCACCACUACUAUUACUACUACCACAGAAGUUGCACCACCACCAGCUGAGCCUGAGAAACACUCCUCAGCAGUAGAUAUCAAGGAUUCUGCUUUAAUUGAGUCUCAAAUAGAUCCUCAUCAUCCAUGGGUGGGUUUCAAGAAAAUUGAACCAGUUGCAGAUGGCUAGCUUCAAGGGCAACUGGGCAACGGCAGGUGAAACCAUAUUAAAAAACUGUAGUCACAUUUUUAUUUUUUCAUUUUUGCCAUCCAUUGAAAUCUUAAAAAUGUACUUCUUUGCAUUAAUUUGAUGUAUUUAUUUUUAACAGUUUGCAGUGAAACUAAAUUUGACUGAUAAAUAAUAAGAUUAAUUAUAUUAUUAUUUUUUUCAUUAA